GGCGCGGCGGUCUCGGCGGCGCGCAGGCGCACAAGGCGCCCGCGCCUCCAACAUGGCUGAGGUGGUGCCGCUUCUCUUGCAGCGGGCGCGGAGGGGAGGAUGCUGAGCCUCCCGGGAGCUGCCGCCGCCGCCGCAGCAGGGGUGGUGAGGCCCGAGGCGGGCUCCUCUCAGCCAUGGCCAGGCUGGCCGACUAUUUCAUCGUGGUGGGCUAUGACCACGAGAAGACAGCAGGCCCAACAGAAGGUUUGGGAAAAAUAAUACAAAGAUUUCCUCAGAAGGACUGGGAAGACACUCCUUUUCCACAGGGAAUAGAGUUGUUUUGCCAGCCUGGAGGAUGGCAGCUUUCGAAAGAGAGAAAACAGCCAACGUUCUUUGUGGUGGUUUUGACUGAUAUAGACUCAGAGAGGCACUACUGUUCCUGCUUAACUUUCUAUGAAGCAGAGAUUAACCUGCAGGGAACAAAAGAAAUUGAAGGUGAAGAGGAGUCUGGUUUAAUUCCGCCUGCAGAAGUAUUUGCUCCUAAAAGUCUGGUGUUGGUGUCCAGACUAGAUUAUCCAGAAAUUUUCAGGGCUUGCCUUGGCCUGAUCUAUACCGUGUAUGUGGACAGCCUGAAUGUGUCACUGGAGACUCUCAUUGCAAAUCUGUGUUCAUGCCUUGUCCCUGCUUCUGGAGGGUCUCAGAAACUGUUUUCUUUGGGAGCUGGAGACCGACAACUAAUACAGACUCCUCUACAUGAUAGCCUUCCUGUUACAGGCACCAGUGUGGCUCUUCUCUUUCAGCAACUGGGAAUCCAAAAUGUACUCAGCUUAUUCUGUGCCGUGCUUACAGAAAAUAAGGUUCUCUUUCACUCAGCAAGUUUUCAGAGACUCAGUGAUGCCUGUAGGGCUCUGGAGUCUUUGAUGUUUCCCCUCAAAUACAGUUAUCCCUAUAUUCCAAUUCUUCCUGCACAGCUAUUGGAAGUUCUCAGCUCACCAACACCUUUCAUAAUUGGUGUACAUUCUGUCUUUCGCAAUGACAUUCAUGAGCUUUUAGAUGUAAUCAUAGCAGACCUGGAUGGAGGCACAAUUAAAAUUCCUGAAUGUAUUCAUCUUUCUCAGCUGCCAGAGCCACUGCUACAUCAGACUCAAAUGGCGCUUUCUCUAGUUUUGCAUCCUGAUUUGGAAACAGCAGAUUAUGCAUUCCCUCCCCCACGAACAGCUUUAUCACACUCAAAAAUGCUGGAUAAAGAAGUGCGAGCAAUCUUCCUUAGGCUAUUUGCACAACUUUUCCAAGGAUACCGGUCAUGUCUUCAGCUGAUCAGAAUUCAUGCUGAACCAGUAAUUCAUUUCCAUAAGGCAGCCUUCUUGGGGCAGCGAGGCUUAAUUGAGAAUGACUUUCUAACCAAAGUUCUCAAUGGAAUGGCAUUUGCUGGUUUUGUGUCAGAGAGGGGUCCUCCUUUCAGAGCCUGUGAUCUUUUUGAUGAGUUGGUAGCCUUUGAAGUCGAAAGAAUUAAAGCUGAGGAAGGUAACCCACCAAAAAUGAUAAAGCAUGUUAGAGAACUUGCAGAACAGCUCUUCAAAAAUGAGAAUCCCAACCCCCACAUAGCAUUCCAGAAAGUGCCGCGGCCCACGGAGGGCUCCCACUUGCGGGUUCACAUCCUCCCUUUCCCCCGAAUCAAUGAGUGCCGGGUGCAGGAGCUCCUCCAGGAAGGCCUCGCAAGGAGUCAGGGUGCCCCUGCUGCCACCCGGGGGGACAAGAAGUGCGUCGUUCCAGCAGGUCCCCCUGUUGUUUCCAUAAUGGAAAAAGGAAGUACAGUUUUCAACAGUGCACAAAGGCUGGAAGUUGUUAGAAACUGCAUCUCAUUCAUUUUUGAAAACAAAUUUUUGGAGACUGAAAAGACCCUGCCUGCAGCUCUGAGAGCCCUAAAAGGAAAGGCAGCUCGGCACUGCCUGACACAGGAAUUAGGCCUGCAUGUUAAACAAAAUCGAGCAAUACUGGACCAUCAGCAGUUUGACUACAUUGUGCGAAUGAUGAACUGUGCAUUGCAGGAUUGUUCAUCUUCAGAAGAAUAUAGCAUUGCUGCAGCGUUGCUACCCCUGACGACUGCUUUUUAUAGGAAAUUAGCACCUGGAGUUAGUCAGUUUGCUUACACCUGUGUACAAGACCAUCCUAUCUGGACUAACCAACAGUUUUGGGAAACAACCUUUUAUAGCAACGUGCAAAAUCAAGUUCGCUCCCUCUACCUUACAGCCAAAGAUGACAACCAUGCAGUACAGUUGAGACUAAAGGAGAAGAAUUCUGUAGGUCCAGACCAGGAUAAGACAGUAAUGGACCUGGCUGCUGAGCAGUUGCGAUUAUGGCCAAGUCUUAAUAAACAAAUGCAGCAGGAGCUAGUCCAGAAUGAGGAAAGUACAGUUUUCAGUCAGGCAAUUCAUUUUGCUAACCUCAUGGUCUACCUGCUAGUACCACUGGAUACCAGUAAGAACAAGUUACUGAGAACAUCAGCUACUGGUGACUGGGAGAGUGGAAGUAACAGUAUUGUCACAAACAGUAUUGCAGGCAGUGUUGCAGAGAGUUAUGACACUGAAAGUGGAUUUGAGGAUUCUGAGAACAAUGAUGUUGCAAACGCAGUUGUACGCUUCAUCACCAGAUUUAUUGAUAAGGUUUGCACAGAGAGUGGAGUUACACAGGAUCACAUCAAGGGCCUUCAUUGCAUGAUACCAGGCAUUGUAGCAAUGCACAUAGAGACCCUGGAGGCUGUCCAUCGUGAGAGUAGGCGGCUUCCACCAAUACAGAAGCCCAAAAUUCUACGACCAACUUUACUGCCAGGAGAAGAAUUUGUUUGUGAAGGUCUCCGUGUGCUACUGGAUCCUGAUGGCAGAGAGGAAGCUACAGGAGGACUGCUUGGAGGUCCUCACAUCCUCCCUGCUGAAGGAGCUUUGUUCCUUACCACUUACAGAAUUAUAUUUAAAGGCACUCCUCAUGAUCAACUGGUUGGAGAGCAGACGGUGAUCCGGAGCUUUCCUAUUGCAUCUGUUACGAAGGAGAAGAAGAUCACUAUACAGAACCAGCUGCAGCAGAGUAUGCAGGAAGGACUGCAGAUCACUUCAGCUACCUUUCAGUUAAUUAAAGUAGCAUUUGAUGAAGAAGUAAGUCCUGAAGUGGUGGAAAUAUUUAAGAAGCAGUUAAUGAAGUUCCGUUAUCCUCAAUCUAUCUUCAGCACUUUUGCAUUUGCAGCUGGACAAACAGCACCACAGAUAAUUUUACCAAAACCAAAAGAAAAGAACACUUCAUUCCGUACUUUCUCAAAAAGCAUUGUAAAAGGAGCAAAACGUGCUGGGAAGAUGACAAUUGGACGCCAAUAUUUAUUAAAGAAGAAGACGACAGGCACAAUAGUGGAAGAAAGAGGGAAUCGCCCAGGCUGGAAUGAAGAUGAUGAUAUCUCUGUUUCAGAUGACAGCGAGCUGCACACAAGUGGUACCCUAAAAGCAUCAGAAAAAUCAACAAUGGAGCAAUUAGUAGAAAGAGCCUGUUUCAGAGACUAUCAACGUUUGGGACUAGGAACCAUCAGUAGUAACUCUUCUCGCUCAAAAACAGAAUACUUAAGAAUAACUGCACUGAACAGGAUGUAUUCACUUUGCAGGAGUUAUCCUGGGCUUCUGGUAGUACCUCAGUCUAUUCAAGACAGCAGUCUGCAGAGAGUUGCUCGCUGUUACCGUCACAAUCGCCUACCAGUUGUCUGUUGGAAGAACACUAAAACCAGUACUCUUCUACUUAGAUCUGGGGGCUUUCAUGGAAAAGGUGUUGUUGGCCUCUUCAAAUCCCAAAACACACAUACUACAGCUCCUGCUUCUUUAGAAUCUUCAAGCAGUAUAGAACAGGAAAAAUACCUACAAGCCUUACUGAAUGUGAUAUCCGUCCACAGCAAAAUGAAUGGCAGUAAUACUCUCACUGUUAGACCAACAAUUGCUCUGUCUCCAGGCACUGAAAGGAGGGCUUCAAGAAUGUCUACUGUGUUUAAGCAGGUAGUGCCAGGACAUUUGGAUGUAAAUCUAUCCAAUAGCUUUGCUCGAGGAGUGCUUGGGUACAGAGAUAAAUGUUUCACUCAUUCAAAUUCCAAAUCAGCAACUAAGGGAAGAGUCCAUCAAGGUGUAUGGGCAAGUCUUCGUUCAAGCAACCGGUUUAUCAACACUCAGACUCCAUUCAUUGAUGUUGGUGCAAGACUUGCAGGGAAAGAUAACACCACUUCCUACAGUAGCAGCACUUUUCUGCAAAGUCAGCUUUUGAGACGGCAAGCAGCUCUCUACAUAUUUGGAGAAAAAUCUCAGUUACGGGGAUUCAAACUUGAUUUUGCUUUGAAUUGUGAAUUUGUUCCUGUUGAAUUCAGUGACAUCCGACAGACAAAGGCAAGCUUUAAAAAGCUGAUGAGAGCUUGUGUUCCCAGCACUAUUCCUACAGAUUCUGAGGCAACAUUUCUUAAAGCACUUGGGGAGUCAGAGUGGUUCCCACAGCUUCACAGGAUAAUGCAGUUGGGUGUGAUCAUCUCUGAGCUCCUGGAAAAUGGUUCUUCUGUUAUGAUUUGUUUGGAAGAUGGCUGGGAUAUUACUGCGCAAGUAGUAUCUCUGGUGCAGUUACUCAGUGAUCCCUUCUAUAGGACACUUGAAGGCUUCCGAAUGCUGGUGGAAAAAGAAUGGCUCUCUUUUGGUCAUAAAUUCAGUCAACGUAGUAAUCUGACUCUCAAUUGUCAGGGUAGUGGAUUUGCUCCUGUUUUCUUACAGUUUUUAGACUGUGUGCAUCAGAUCCAUAACCAAUACCCAACAGAGUUUGAGUUCAAUCAAUAUUAUCUGAAGUUUCUGGCUUUUCAUCACAUAUCAAAUCGAUUUAAAACAUUUCUUCUGGAUUCAGACUACGAAAGACUAGAACAUGGGACAUUGUUUGAAGAUAAAGGAGAUAAACAUGCCAAAAAAGGAAUUUGUAUUUGGGAAUGUAUUGAAAAGAUGCACAAAAGGAGCCCUAUUUUCUUCAAUUACCUCUAUGCCCCUGCUGAAAUAGAGGCACUGAAACCAAAUGUAAAUAUGUCCAGCCUCAAAAAGUGGGAUUAUUAUGUAGAAGAGAUUUUGGCUACAGGUCCCUCCUAUGAUUGGACCAUGGUAACUGCAAAAUGCAGUGUUUCAGAGGAAACUGACCAAACAGAUGGUUCACUGUCUCAGACUAAGAGGAAAAUAGUAUGGCCAUGUUACGAUGAUGUUAAAAAAAUACAACCUGAUGCCAUCAGCAGCCUUUUAAAUGAGAUUGAAAGGUUGGAAAGUAAAUUAAAUCAGAGCCCAGAAAGGUGGCAGCUUUUGUGGGAAAGGGUCAAAAUGAAUCUAAAGGAUGACACCAGACAAGACAAUCUCCGGAGACAUCCUUCUGGCUCUUCAGGGAUGAUGUCAGCUAAUCUACAUUCCUAUCAAAAGAGGUCUUUGUUGGAAAUACCUGACAGUGGGCUGGGUGAGGAACAGAGUGCAAGUAUCUCUCCCUCUAAUGGAGUAGACAGAAGAACAACGACGCUAUACAAUCAUUUCACAUCAAAGAAUGAUGAAAAUAGAUCUUUCGAAGGUACGCUAUACAAAAGAGGAGCUUUACUAAAAGGUUGGAAACCUCGCUGGUUUGUGCUGGAUGUGACAAAACACCAGCUGAGAUACUAUGAUUCUGGUGAGGAUACAAGCUGUAAGGGACACAUAGACCUCGCAGAAGUAGAAACUGUGAUUCCUGCUUCUCCAACAAUUGGUGCCCCAAAACAUGCAAAUGAAAAAGCAUUUUUUGAUUUGAAGACAAAUAAACGUGUAUACAAUUUUUGUGCCCAAGAUGCACAGAGUGCUCAACAAUGGAUGGAUAGGAUCCAGAGUUGCAUUUCAGAUGCUUAGAAAGGAAAAACGUUCCAUAAUAAAGACACGUUUAAAGCACCUCUUCCUGUAAGAAGCUACGUUCUGAAAUGUUACUGACAGACAACCAGCCUUCUUUACAUUUCAAGUGUAAAAGUUCAUAAUAUGCUAAAGUUCCUUUUCUGUUUAAUAAUUAUACCACUGUAACUGCUUUUUUUUUUCUGCAGGAAGGACUUUGAAAAAUAAUAAUCCAUUUAUCCUGAAUUUCCACUUUCUUCAGUACAAUUCCUAGGUAUAAAAGUGGACUGUAUUUGCACUAUCAUCUAAUCCUGGUUUUCUCAUUUCAGAGCUAUUCUGUUAGGAAACCUGUCCAAAGGAAAUUGUAGAAAUUUUCCCUCCAACAGGAAAUGUAUUUUCACUUUAUUUAUAUUUUUAAGCAGAAUGUUCUUAUUUCCAAGCUAGUCAUGAAUAAGAGGGAACAUGUCUACAAUUCCUAAAAAUAAAUAAAGAAAUGAAGCUUGUGAGUCCAGUGACAUGUGUAUCAGGUUGCCAGUGUUUAUAGACAGUUGAUAUUUUUAAAGACCAAAAAGUGAAAUUGCCCCAUACCAGACUUUCAAGUGUCUUCUCAGUGUGUAGGUCAUUCUCUAAUCUUGUGCUCUACUGAGUGCUUCUGCAAUGUUGUUAUGGAAUUUCAAAUUCUAGGGAUGAUCUGAAGAUCAUAACACUUUUAUUUUAGAUUCUGUUUGCAAUUACAAUGGGAUAAAUGAAAGAAAACUGGCUGAUGCUAUCCAGGAGAAACGGAAAACAACAAACUAGGAAUUCAGUAGAAGGAAGAUCUCUUAUGUGUGAGUUGUAUAUGUUAAUUUAUAUGCUGUUCUGCUCACUGUAACAUAAAAAAUAACAAACAUGAUAAUGCACUAAACAAUGAAGCAAGCACUUGCACUGAAAUCUUUAAAAUGCAGACAUUUUGCAGGACAGAGGUAAGUUAUUUAUAGCAGAACAUACUAGCUAGUUAACAACAUUUACAGAUAUUAAAUAUGUACAUAAUCAGGUUUGAUGUGUCGUGAUUUGAUACUUUUUAAACAUUUUUUGCACAUGAAUUGGAAGACUGUUUAUAGAUUUUUACAUUUGAUAAAAUUGUGUUUGUUCAGCUUAAAAUCCUGGUGAAACAUUUUUAAUAGCCCCAAAUUAGUAGAAAUUUUACAGUCUACAAAUAGUGAUGACAUUGAGUAGAGUAUGUAGGUAAUUAAGCCAUUGUUUUUAUUUUGAAAUGUUAAUAUGUUAAAUAGCACACUAAUAUUACAAAAGGUUUGUAUAUAUGAUUCACUAUUUUCUCAUUUUUCCAGAUGUUCUGCUUGUAAUUUAAUGUCAGCCUAACCAAACUGACUAUACUUAUAAGAUUUUUCAGUUAUUAAAUUGUUUGUGGUUUUUUUAUAACUAAUGUAUUUUGUCAGAAAGGAACAUAAAUUUCUCACCACACACAAUAGGAAAUGCAGCUGUUUUUAAUGCAUUUGCAAUUUCAAAACAAAAAUAUGAAGGAUUUUUCUAGCAUUUUCAAUUGACAAAUUUCCACCUGUGACAAUGGUGUUUGCACAUUUGUAUUUUUCUUUGUAUAUGAAGUACUUUUAUAUGUACUUUGUAAAAUACUGAUCCUGUUCUUAGGUUACAUGAAAAUAUACAUACCACUGCUUAUUUUGUAACUAGUUAAUUUUAACUCUUGUAUGUUAUGUGAUAUAUGUAUGCUAACCAUCUUGUAAUAAAUACACUUCUUAAGGAAAAGUAAAACCUUUCCUUGUACUGUAAAAGAGAAAAAAGCAAGACCCACGUGUUGAAAUAUUUCCACGGGCACAAGACAAAUCCUUAAUUUACUCUGUAUUAAGAAUAGUGGGUGUAUUAAAAACUAUGUGGUCUUUUGUAUACUUGUAAAUAUUCAUACAUAAAAGUUGCACUUGAGCAUCCUUAACUCAAACACUUGUCAACAGUAACACUAAAGACUAAAGAAAUCAGAAUUUAAAGCAAAAUUAUCAUUCUAACAAGGCUCAAUGUAUAGCCUUUACUAAAAGGCUGAAUACGUAUAAUGUUCAUACUAAGUCAUUGAAUAAUGAUGUUAAAUAUAUUUUUUUAUAAAAAAUCCUAUAUGGUAUCACAACAUAAAUCAACUGCAUACUUUCACCCUGAAAUGUAUCUCACUCAUUUAUAUCACCUUAUGCAAAAAUUAUCUAGUUCAUAAGAAGUAAAAUAUAAAAAAUGACAAGGUCUUACUUGAGAAUGUGCAUCUAAAUUGAAUUACUGAGUGUAGUGUGGGAUAGCAGAGUUAAAAUGGAAAGGGAAUGUGUGACGGAGGUAGGGGACCUGUGACAAUUCUUGGAUGCUGUGGUGCUUAGAUGAUAAGGUUUGCAUAUUGAGCUUGGCAUGGAUGCUAAUGUUGCCUUAAACGUUGAUCUCAAUUUUUAGUGUCUGUAUCGAUGGAAAAUGGACUUGAGCAACUUAACUUAAAAAUAUCCAAAUAAAAGCUGAAAUGAGAUGUA